AUGCUUCCUACGAUGGAGGCGGGCGAUGCGCCUGUGGUGCCCAUCCUGUUCGUAGGCGACUCGGGCAUUGGGAAGUCGACUAUGCUAUCCCGUCUCGCCGUUGGACACGAAUGGAGGAAACCUCUUCCCCAACUACGCGACCUAGACCAGCCUUACUCCUUCAACAUCAAGCUAUACAAUCGCCCAUAUCGCUUCGAACUGUAUGAUACCGCAUCGCCGACGAACUACACCCUCCUUAGACCCUCUGUGCUUGUCAUGUGCUUCAACAUUGGAGAUCCAGCGUCUCUGGAGAACUUGAAGACUUAUUGGAAAAGAGUCGUUGAGGAACACUACAAUUAUGACGAGAUGCUUCCCGUGAUCGCGUUGGGACUACAGCGAGACGUGCGGAACAGAGAAGAUUAUGAUGGGCAUGUGCGCUCAAUCGCCUCAGAUACCGAGAACGGAACGGAUGAUGCUCCUCUGAACGGCAGAACAUUUGUCUAUCCACAGGAAGGUCUGAGGUUGGCACAAGAGAUGCGAUGCGACCGAUACUGUGAAUGCUCGGCUUUGACUGGUGAGCUGUGUCGGGAGGUCAUCGAGGACAUCUCGAAGACUGCGGCUCUCACCACGACUGAAGGCGGUGCAAAGUCUCAGGGGGCGCAUUGUAAUCUGAUGUGA